AUGCCAGUUAAUCUUCAACCUUCUGCUGGUACUUCUGGUAGUCUCAGGAAAGAAAAAUCACGAGGAGAGGGUACACGAAGAAUGCCGACUAAUUCGCGACCUCCCCUAUCGCAUCGGAUACGGGCAUCGUUUGAAGGAAAGAAAUCUCAGGAUUCUACCAGUUCCAAGCAUGCGAGCUUCUCCGGGGGUAGUCCAACAGAUCCGGAACUCCUCCGACGGAUAAUCGAUGAAGCUAUCUCUGGAGAUGAUUUCCAGGCUGCACUUGCUUCACACAUAGCCAAAUUGCUCAAGCCCGAAAUUAAAACGGCUUUAGAUACAAUCGAGCCAGUUGUUAAUGCAGUUCUACAACAUGAGCUACUCCUGAAGAGGACCAACAAUAGUGUGGAUCAUGUUUUAUUAAAGUUGGAGUCAAUGGCAGAUGAAGAAGGAGCAACAACUCCAAGCCAAGCAAGACUUAGUAUCCACGGCGCCCUGACUUCACACCCGGUAGCAGACGAGGGACCACUGCCCAUACCAGAUAAUUCGGCCCCUGGGACUGGUACACCUGAAUCAAGACCCCUCUUCAACCGAGGCCUCACAUACACUGCCGGAAAACUAACCGAAAUAUCGAACUCGUUGGACUUGAAUAAUCAUAAACUAGGGAAGGUGGUAGAAGGAAUAGCGGAGAUAAAUAAUUUAUUGUCAUCGAACGAACGCUUGGAUAGUUUGAAAGAAAGCUCAGACAAGAAUGAUACCAAGACUUCGGUGAUCCAAACGCAAAUAGAUCAAUUGCAGGAAAAUGUCAGGGUAGUCAUCACUCGAAUUGGUCCGGAUCUAGGAGUAAAGGUAAAGGCGAUCAAUGAUUAUCUGACUGGAGAAACGCCCAUUUUAGAGACGAGGGCUGUGGCUUCCAAUGGUAGUGGGGGUGAUGUUGAGCUUCUUCAAACUAUUUCUUCUAAAUUAGAAGCCUUGAAGGAUAGUUUGGAAACAGGAACUUCGUCACAUAAUGAUAACUUGGGACUAUUGAAGGAACAAAUCAAUGCUCUACAGUCAACACUCGACGCCCAGAAAGAGAUAUUGGGAGAGAUCAAGGAAGCUGAUAACAGUACUGAAAUAUUGGCUGGUAUACAUAAAUCAAAUGAGUCACAUGAGGCACAUGCCACAGUUUUGGGAGAGCUCAAAGAGAGAAAUACACAACCUGUGGAUCUAUCAACCCAACCGACUCCAACAUCAGCAGACGCGGAAACACUUCAAACGAUCUUGAUGGAAGUACAGAAAUCCAAUGAGGCACAUGGGAAGCAUACGGCUGCGCUCGAGAGCAUGAAGGAAUCGGACACAAGUGCAGCCAUAUUGGCGGAAGUUCAAAAGUCGAACGACUCGCAUGUUCUUCAUGCAGCUGCUCUAGAAAGCCUCAAAAGUAUCACGCCGCCACCAGAACAAUCCACCGCAAUCGAUCUAGCACCCUUUGAGACAAAGAUGGACAGCUUAAUAGAAGCAAGCACAGCAAUCCUCACGGAAGUUCAAAAAUCGAAUGAAUCACAUGUUUCACACGCAGCUGCAUUAGAAAGCAUCAAGGCCCUGCCAACUCCACCUCCUGAAUCUCCAACCGCAAGUGCAAUUGUUGAUUUGGGAGGAUUGGAGAAGGAUAUAGGAACUGUUAUCGAAAAGUUGGAUAUGCACGCUGCUGUUCUGGAAGAAAUCAAGACGAAUGGUGUUUCUGGAUCCGGAGGAAUUGACGCCAGUGCUUUUGAUAGCCAUUUAAAUUCCAUUACUACUUCCUUGGAAGCACAUACAGUGGCAUUGGAUGAGAUUAAAUCGAGAGAUUUAGCACCUCCUGAUUUCAGUCCAAUUAUCUCGAUGCUUGAAGCUCACACUGCAACCUUGGAGGAUAUUAAAUCGAGAGCUGCAGGAGGGGAUCCAGAUUUCAGUCCAAUAACUGCUUUGUUAGAAGCUCACAGUGCAACCUUGGAGGACAUCAAAUCGAGAGAUCUAACACCUGCUGAUAAUGCUCCAAUUAUCUCAAUGCUUGAAACCCAUACAGCAACGCUGGAAGAUAUCAAAUCAAAAGACGCAGGAGGAAGUCCAGAUUUCAGUCGAAUAACUACCUUGCUCGAAGCUCAUACGGCAACUUUGGAUGAGAUCAAGGCUAGGGACACUACAAACAGCAUUGAUCUCAGUCCAAUAACUGCCUUGUUAGAAGCUCAUACUACAACCUUGGAUGAGAUCAAAUCAAGAGAUCCAGCACCUACUGAUUUCAGCCCAAUAACUACCUUAUUAGAAGCUCAUACUAUCAGUUUGGAUGAAAUCAAAUCGAAAGAUUUACCAUCUACUGAUUUCAGCCCAAUAAAGACCUUGUUAGAAGCUCAUACUAUAGCCUUGGAGGAUAUCAAGGCUAAGGACACUACAAACAGCGUUGAUUUAAGUCCAAUCACUUCGACUCUGGAUGCCCAUCGUGCAGUUUUAGAUGAGAUUGUAUCAAAGGAUGUACAGUCUAGUGGCGCACCCGCAGCAAUCAAUAUGGAUGCCUUUGACACACAUUUCGGUUCAAUCACCGGUAUAUUAGCAGCACACACAGCCGCAUUGGAUGAGAUCAAGUCCAAAGAUGGUGCUUCCAAUGCUUCUACACCCGCAGAAAAUACCAUCGAAAUCCUUGACAAACAUUUUGGUUCUAUCACUACCAUGUUGGAAUCACACACUGCAGCAUUGGAAGAAAUCAAGGCGAAGGAUUUCACACCGACUACGGGACAAACGGAGCUGAAUACAGCAGCAUUUGACGACAAAUUUAGCUCUCUGACACGCAUGCUAGAUUUACACACAGAAGCUUUGGAUGAAAUCAAAUCAAAGAACAACGAUUCCGCUCCGCCUUCGACAUCAAGAGAUAAUGUUGCCCUCGAUUCAUUUGAACCACAUGUUACGGCGAUUAAGAGUGCACUUGAUGCUCACAUGGGUGUGCUGCAAGAGAUAAAGUCUGAGACCCUUGCCAAAAAUGAUAUGGAUGCAAUGGUAGUAGACAAUUUGCUGGAACCACACAUCAUAGCUAUCAAGAGUACAUUGAGUGCACAUACAGAAAUUCUGGAUGAGCUCAAAUCAAAUAUUCUUACUAAUGCCACAAAUUCCUCCGAAAUUGCCAACGAUUCUUUACCUAAGAUACUGACUACCCUUAAUCGCCACACCAAUCUACUCACAGAAAUCAAGAACGCGGAUGUUAGUGAUGAGAUCUUGACAGCAUUGCAUGAGUUACAGGAAGGUAAUUCUGCAGCUUUCAAUACUCUCAAGGAAUCGGAUGUCAGUGAUGAGAUACUUACUGCGUUACAUACUUGUAAUGAUUCACAAGAAAAGUUGGAUAGAUCAUUGCUUGAACUCCAGACAGCAGUGAAUAUUUCUAUUUCAUCUGAGCAAAACAGGAACAAAUCAAUUGAUCCUGUUGAAGCAGUCCAAGCACCGAUCGCUACUGUUGACUUGAGCGGAUUGGAGACCCAGAUUAACGCAGUUAUUGCGACGCUUGAAAGCCAAAAUGUGGUCUUGGGAGAGAUCAAAGACACGACUAAUGCUGGAAUGGAAGCACAUGGAUUGCAAAACACGACCCUGAGUGAGAUCAAAGAUGCAGCUAGUGCCUCAAAUGAUUCUCACGCGACCCAUGCGGCACUUCUUGGAGAAAUCAGGGAUGCAGCCAAUGCUUCGAAUGAAUCCCAUGGCACCCAUACUUCUACAUUAGGAGUUAUUAGAGAUGCAGCAGCCUCCUUGAGUAACGCACACGCCACGCAAAUUGCUACUUUGGUCGAACUCAAGCAUGCAAUAAGCGCCUCUAAUGAAUCUCAUAAUACUCACACCAGUACACUAGCAGAGAUACGAGAUGCAGCCGCCAACUCAAAUGACGCAAUUCUUACGCACACAGCUACUCUCAGUGAACUCAAAGAAGCAAUCAAUGCAUCGAAUGACUCUCACACUUCUCACGCUGCUGCUCUGGAAGAUUUGAAAUCCAUACAUUCAACACAGUCGUCGCCAGAUGCUACCUCUGAAUCAACAUCACCACCGGUGCUUGAUGCAAAUGCACUAGAUACCCAACUCACAACCAUUAUCACAAUCCUUGAAUCCCAAAAUUCCACUUUAGGGGAAAUGAAAGAUGCUUAUGCCUCUCACACGAUCACUUUGAGUGAAAUCAAGGACGCAACGACAGCAUCGAAUGAGUCACAUACUUCCCUUGCAACAGUCUUGAGCGAAAUUAAAGAUGUCCAUUCCUCACAUACAACAGCCUUGACAGAAAUCAAGAACGGAACAACUGCAUCUAAUGAUUCGCACAAUUCACACACGACAAUUUUGAAUGAAAUCAAGGAAGUAAUAACGGCAUCUAACGAGUCGCAUACUUCGCACACAACAGUCUUGAGCGAAAUUAAGGAAACAAUUGCUCCUAUCCAUGGUAUUACUGAAGUCAUAAAUACACAUACAGGUCUGUUGGAAGGUCUGAAAGAAGACGCCGGAUCACAGCAUAAUGAAGUAAAAAUUGAUAUUGACGGAUUGAGGAAACUUGUAGAUGAAAGUUCCACCAAACAGGAGGAAAGUCUUUUAAAACAUGGGGAUUUGAUUAGGGAACAUGGAGACUUGGUUAAAGAAAAUCACGAUGGAUUGAAGGGAACGAUUGCGGGACUUACUUUGGGCGGGAUUGCUGGGGCGGGCGUUAUGAAAGUUAUUGAUGAAGUGGAAGACAAGGAUGGUGAGGUAAGUGAUGUAGUUGAACGGGAUGUAGAAGUGCUGGAAGCUCCGGCCGAAGAACUUGAGGUUAUUGAAGAAGAAUCACCGGUAAUAGAACCAGAAGCACCUGUCGAAGAACAAGUUGUGCCGGGAUCGGAAGCACAAUUGAAGCCCGAAUUCCCUACGGACAACGAAAGGACCGCCAGUGAGGAAACUUUAGUAGAGCCAGAGCUAGAACCAGAAGCUAUUGUGACAGAUACUGAGAAGACGGUCGACCUCAACGAAAAUCCAGACCAUACACCAGUAGACCAGGAACCAGAGCCAGAGCCAGAAGCUGUUGAGAAAGAAGUUCCAAACGAGGAACCGACACCCAUCGAAGCGGAGGCUCCAACACAGGAAGCUGUUUUUGAAGAGCCGAACCCAACAGAAGAGGAACCGGAACCAGCUACUAUGGAAAUGACGGAAGAUACAGCAGCUGUUGAAUCCCAACAGACUGGCAAAGAUCUCUCUGGCGAAGAGACAAUCCCUCAAGAGGAAUCUGAGCCUGUAGUAACCUCUGAGGAUUCUUCUGAACCCAAUCCAGAAGUUGAAAUUUCAGCAAGUAACGAUAAUCAGGAGCCCGAAACUCUUGCGAAGGAAGCAGAAAUUGAUGGUGUCACACCAAAUUCAAUUGAACAAUCGGGUUUGGCCCAGGAUACUCCCGAAGACGAAGCGCCUCAAGUAAACGAUACAGCAGAAGAACCAAUACCUGAAGAGAGCGAUGUCACAGAACUAUUCAAGGACGAAUUGGCUCCCGAAAGACAACUUGCCGUUGAGAAGAUACCUGGUGAGGAAGAGACUGUUGCGGUGGAAGGGUCUGAGGAGGAAGCAUUUGCUGAGAGUGAGAGUGCUGAAGUACAGCAAAAUGAAGAUCUAGGCGAUGACGAUUCGAAAUCCACUGAAGAGAUAGCGCCUGUUGCUGUGGAGGAAGAGCAACCAACGAAAGAAAUAGUUGCAGACAAUGCAGUUGAGGAUGUGAGCCCUAGCGAGGAAGUUUUAGAGGCUGUGGAAGAUAAACCUGUCGAAAAACCUGUUUUGCAGGAGUCAGAUGAAAAUUUGACUGCAGACUUGCAACAGACACCUCCGGCGGAAGAAGAAAAAAAGCUCCCCGAAGUUAAGGAAUCUAGUGAGCCAAGUUUAGAGGAAAUUCCCACCGAAACUCCUAUACCAGAAGUCUUGAUUGAUACACCUCCGGCGCACUCGGAGGAUGCUUCUUCUCUGGAAGCAAACAAACCUGUUCCGGAGUCUGAGCAGGCCAAUGUACCUGGUUCCGCUGAUCCUCCCGUCGAAAUCGAAGAAAACCCCGUUCUUACAGAUCACGAUGUUGAGGCAGUUACUCAAGUACCCGAAGCAAGUCAUGAAGCACCCGCGGAUAGCUUGGAAAUAUCUACAGAGUCUGAAGUCAUUGAGCCGUCCAAAGAAGAGCAAAAUGUUGAUGAGGAAGGGGAGAUAGAAAAAUUGGCUGAAGAACAUCCGGUCGACAGUAAUGAAGUCAAUUUGGAAAAGGACGAUUUGGAACCUAAGGAUGAGAAUCUUCCCACCGAAGACGCGGAAAGUGCUGUUGACACGUCGAAAGAGGAUAAGUCUUCAGAGUCAGCCGCGGAGAUCGAGACACCCCUUCUAGAUUCAAACGAUAUGAAUGAGGUUCCUGCCGAGAUUGAUGCAAAGGAUUUGGAAACGGAGGUUGCGGAGCCUAAAAAUGAAGAGACACCGGACCAGGCGGAGGAAAAUAUUGAGUCCGCUCAUGAUCAAAGCAAUCCCGACACUCCUAUCGAAACCGAGGUACCCGUUUCGGGUAUGAACGACCAAGAUGAAGAGCCUGCCAAGACUGAGUUGAAAGACUUGGAAGUGGAAGAUGGGGAACCUCAUAGCGAGGAAGUACCCGAACAAGCUGCCGAGAACCUUUCACAAACCGUGCAGGAAGAAAACGUUUCCGAGCCGGUUGUCGAAAAAGAGAAGUCUGUUCCUGAUUCAAACUCCCAUGAUCAACAUCUCGUUGAAACCGAACAAGAAUCAGUGGAAAUUCCUGCUACCGAAAAUGCCACUGAAGAUAUCUCUAGCGAGCUCACAGAAGCCAUUGAACCUCCACACGAGGAAGGAAUCCCACAAUUAGCUGUUGAGACUGAAGAAAACGCUCCCGAGUUGAAAACUCAAGAUGAACCUCCAAUUGACAGCGAAGAAAUCCCCGAGGAACAUGAAAACUUGGAAGAUCUAACUCCAUCUGUCGAUAAUAGAGAAAAGACUCUCGAAACAGACAGCCAGGAAUCCAGCAGUGAGCAUGCAUCUCUCGAGGCUGAAGAGAUACCCAUCGAAGUCUCUCAUGAACAAAGUCCAGAUUCAACUACUGAAACCGAGAUACCAGCAAUUGAGUCAAGUGAUCAAACGCAAAUCCCAUUCGAGAGUGAAGAGAAGUCCGUGGAACCUCCUGUUAGUGAACCGGAAGCUGCAGGUAUGGAUAGUGAAGAGCCGCAAGCGGGUGAUGAAGCUCAGAUCCCGGAAAUAUCGCCGCAAGAAACUGUUCAAGAGCCGGUGGUUGAGGAUCAAAGCCCCGUUGUGCCAGAAUCGAGUGGGGAAGCUCAGGAGUUUACCAGCCACCAUGAACCUCUUGAACCAGCUGAACAUCAUACUGUUGAGGUGCCUAUGGAAGAAUCAGUCAUUGAGAACCAAGUUCAAUUCCCCGCUGAAGAGGAAAGUGUCGACAAAGCUCCAUUAGAAAGCAGUCCUGAGCCAGAAGUCGUGAACGAGAAUAUCUCUGAUGGCUUAGGAUCAAGCGAAGAAGGCCAGAUCGUAGCCAACGAUAGCGACAAAUCUCUGCCGACUGAGAGGGAAAUUCUCGACAUUCCCCUGGGAGAAUCAAUCGUUGAAAGCGAACUAACAUCCGAAAAUAUAAGUCAUGAAAAUUUCGAAACUAUCAGAGAUGCAGAAAAACCAACAGAAAUCGACGAACAGAUUGCCGAGACACCCAGCCAAGAUUCAGUUCUUGAAAGCCAGCCAAAAUCAGAGUCGGUUGUCUAUGAAGAUCCUGAAGAUAUCAAAGCCCGUGAGGAGAUUGCUGCCUUGAACGCGGAGAUGGAUAGAAUUUUAGCUGAGGCUGAGAAGGAGGAAAGAAAAAAUGCUCCUGUAGAGACGGCAAAAAUUCACGAGGAUCAGACCAAGGAAUUAGAUGUUGAACAAGAUGCUGAAGAAUCAACUCAGGUCGCGGAAGCACAAACACCAGUCCAAGACCAGGAAACUUCUAGAGAUCGAAUUGAGGAUGAACAAGCCCAGGCUGAUGUAACUGAGCCGGAGGUAGAGCAAAAGGUUCCUGUGACUGAUGAGGACCUUUCAAGCGACACUAGCCCGGAAGGAAAUCUAGAAAGACAUGUCGUAUCAUCUAACGAUCUCGAAGAAGAUGCUAUUCCUGCAGAAUCUGGGAGUCAUGAGGUCGAGUCUACCAAUAUCUUAACCGCAGACGAGUUGCAACACCUCGACGAAAUUACCCUAGCCACCCACGAGGAUGUUGUCGAAAGUCAGAGCCAGAUUGCGGAGGAUGAAAACGUACCAGAAAACCAUCCAGUAAUUCCUUCCGAGGAUGAAAAAACAGAUCUUGAAAUUCCGUCAAUAGCCGAGCAGCCUGAGAAUGAAAUCAAGAGCAACGAAAUUGCGCCUGACCAAGCUGCAGCUUCACCUGGAGAAAAGGAACAGGUGUUAGACAUAGAAUCAACACCUUCUGAAGCUCACGUAGAACCCGAGAUGGAAAGCUUCGAGAAAACACGGUUGAGUGAGCAUGUUGCACCAUCGUCGGACAAUGAGAAAGAUGAAUCUUUGCCUAUUCAACUUGAAUCAGAAUCAGUCCUUGGAGAACUCACAACAGAGGAGCCAAAAUGGAAAGGAGAGAUGAACCCUGAGCAGUAUUUCGGGGAGUCUGAACAGGAAACCCCAAGAGACGUAAUGACACUCGAAGAUUACCCUUCCGAAGAAAGUUUGCCCUCUAAGUUGAAUUUCAUUAACGAAAGUACCCAAGAUGUGGAAAGUGGAGGUGAUGAAAUAGAGAAUGAAAGCCCCUCAGUGGAGCAUUUCGAGAUUGUUGGAUCAGAGCCAUUCUCAGAAGAAACCCCAAGAGACAUCGAUUCCAAAGUUGACGAGAAUGCUCACUCCGUGGAUCGUGAAGUCGACCAAGAAAAUGUUGAAGAUUACAACGAAUUAGGGGCUGAUCUUAUGGUCCCUGAAAGUCCUAAAUCUGAAACAACCGAUGAUAACGAAUGGGAUGAGCCAUAUGAUACUCCCGAUGACAGAUUACAAGGAUUAAAACCUUCAGCAGAAUUUUUAUCAACUACGUCGAAUUACGGAGAAGCUCCAGCCAUCGAGGAAAACCAACAUGAUGGCGAGUCAAACCAGGAUGAAAUCGCUUCCGAGAUUCCUCUCCCGAGCCCAUCAUUCCAGAAAAAGCAAGCUAUCCUAGAGGAGGACUAUCCUGCUGUCCAAAACUUUCCAGAGCAACAUGAAAGUUACCAAUCUUUCGAUGAUUUUUUCCCAAUCGAGAAUGAAGCUGUUCGAAACAGCUCCCAUGUUUCAAAUGAAGAUACGCUAGAAUUCGCGGAAGACUCUAGAGAAGCUCCAGUCAUGUCUGAUAACCAACACAUAUCGGGGAAUAAAUUUGUCACCGGAUUCGAGGAUGACUUACAACCUGAAAAUACCGAAUCCAUCUAUUCCCAGGAAAAUGAGCCAGCGAUCACUGCAGAACGUCACAGGCUAGAGAGAGAUGAUUUUUUCGACCCGAGAGCCACUGCCAGUCAAUACGCGGCUACCGAGCAACUAGAGCCAGAACAAGAGUCAGAAACUAGCCCUGUCAUUACCGGAACUGACUCAAAUCACGAGGCCCAGUUCAGUCAGCCUGAAAUUUCAGCGGAGCAAAGAUACACAGGCUACGGCUACGACUAUGACUAUGAAGAGCCUGCUCUAAAUACACAGACUUACUCGGACUCGGAAGAUGAUAUGGAGUCAUUUCAACCGGGACCAGCAGCUUCAGGCUAUGAAUCAAGAGGCUCUUACCCCUUCCAAGGAACCAGCUUUAGUAGAUCUAUACCACAACCAAGAUAUUCAAGCCAUGAAGAAGUUGCUCACGAUACACGUACUUCCAUCAACGAGCAAGAUGACAACCAACAUUUGAGAUCAAUGCCUACAUACUCUAGCCUAAGCUACUCUCAAGAAUACCUUUCGGAGUCCUAUCCAACUCAAGAAGUCCACUACAACGAGCCUGAGCCCCAACAAGAUCAGCCGAUAACGCCCACAUAUCAAUCGUCAUAUCAAGAUACCAUUCCAGCAACUCCAUCAACAGCUUUAACCACAAAAAUCUCAACCGAAACAUUUCCUACAUAUGACGAAUCACGACCUGUUUCCCAAGGUAUGAAUUUCGGGUUGCCAAUCAGAGGAGCAGAACGUGUUGAAACGAUUCGCGAAACUCCUGAGACCACAUAUCCUUCAUAUAAUGAGUCGAUGCGAUCUCCCGCACCGUCACGACUGCCAAUCGCGAGCCAAAGAUCGUCAGAUAGUAUGCGUAGAAGCUACAGCCCUGAAUUGAGAAAACAGAGUAGCUAUUCUAGAUAUGGACAUGAUGAGCCUGGACUAGGAAAAUCUAUGGGUUCUUCACAGGGAUUCAAUUUUGGUCAUUCCCCGACUAAAAUUCCGGGUUCUAUUGGGAGGUCGAGCAGAGUUCCAGAUGUUGGAAAUGAGUAUGGUCAUUCAACGAAUAGAUAUGGUGAGCCAGUGCGCUCUUUGGGGGCUUCGCAAGGAUCUAGAUUCGGUCUACAGGGUACGUAUCCAGCUAGAGAGUCUCAUGAGGAAGUUCCAGAAUACGGAAACCAAAAGAGAAGUAGUAAUGUGAAGGAUCUUUUGAGUCGAUUUGAAGGUGGCGAAUCCUCAUCCUCAGCUCCUUCUCAACAAGAACGUUUCAAUAUCCCGACAUAUCAAGAGCAUUUCAGUACUUCUCUUCCUCGACCCGCUGAGAAUAGAUCGAUCGGAAAACAGCCUCAAUACGAACAAGAAAGUCACUUUGAGGCUGUAACACCAUUUGAUCAUAAUCGAUUUGAUUUCAUGAGUGAGGAAAGUAGUCCGGUUCAAACACCUCUUGAAGAAAGAGAAUUACAGCUAGAGAGCGGAGAAAGCAGCGAGGUACAAACGCCAUUGGAGGGAGAAUUUAGACUGGACGAGGGGACAGGUGGAAAUGUAAAUGCAGGAGUACCGAAGAAGAGGAGGAGUAAGAGGGGUAAGAAGAAGGGCAAUUGA